AUGUCGCUGCUGAUUCGCUACUGGGAUAUCCGGUUGUGGAUGCUUACCUGGCCCGCCGAGCCUCGCGCAAUCAUCACGUUGCGUUUCCCGGUCGCCUUCCUCUCUCGCGCAUCGCCUAUCACUCUCCUGUCGCCUUCGCGCUCUCUCUCCCGUCGCCUAGCGCGCUCUCUCUCCCGUCGCCUCCGCGCUCUCUCUCCCGUCGCCUCCGCGCUCUCUCUCCCGUCGCCUUUGCGCUCUCUCUCCCGUCGCCUUCGCGCUCUCUCUCCCAUCUCCUUCGCGCUCUCUCUCCCAUCACCUUCCCGCAAUCUCCCCUCCCAUCCCGUCCACUUCAUCUCCUAUCGCUCACGUCCUCCCCUCCCAUCCCGUCGUUCGCUUCUUUUCCCCUCCCAUCCCGUCGUUUGCCUCCUCUCCCCUCCCAUCCCGUCUUUCGCCUCCUCUCCCCUCCCAUUCCGUCGUUCGCUUCCUUUCCCCUCCCAUCCCGUCGUUCGCCUCCUUUCCCCUCCCAUCCCGUCGUUCGCCUCCUCUCCCCUCCCAUCCCGUCGUUCGCCUCCUUUCCCCUCCCAUCCCGUCGUUCGCCUCCUCUCCCCUCCCAUCCCGUCGUUCGCCUCCUCUCCCCUCCCAUCCCGUCGUUCGCUUCCUUUCCCCUCCCAUCCUGUCGUUCGCUUCCUUUCCCCUCCCAUCCCGACGCUCGCCUCCUCUCCCCUCCCAUCCCGUCGUUCGCCUCCUCUCCCCUCCCAUCCCGUCGUUCGCCUCCUUUCCCCUCCCAUCCCGUCGUUCGCCUCCUUUCCCCUCCCAUCCCGUCGUUCGCUUCCUUUCCCCUCCCAUCCUGUCGUUCGCCUCCUUUCCCCUCCCAUCCCGUCGUUCGCCUCCUCUCUCCUCCCAUCCUGUCGUUCGCCUCCUCUCCCCUCCCAUCCCGUCGUUCGCCUCCUCUCCCCUCCCAUCCCGUCGUUCGCCUCCUUUCCCUUCCCAUCCCGUCGUUCGCCUCCUUUCCCCUCCCAUCCCGUCGUUCGCCUCCUUUCCCCUCCCAUCCCGUCGUUUGCCUCCUCUCCCCUCCCAUCCCGUCGUUUGCCUGCCUCCUUUCCCCUCCCAUCCCGUCGUGCGCCUCCUCUCCCCUCCCAUCCCGUCGUUCGCUUCCUUUCCCCUCCCAUCCCGUCGUUCGCUUCCUUUCCCCUCCCAUCCCGUCGUUCGCUUCCUUUCCCCUCCCAUCCCGUCGUUCACCUCCUCUCCCCUCCCAUCCCGUCGUUCGCCUCCUUUCCCCUCCCAUCCCGUUGUUCGCUUCCUUUCCCCUCCCAUCCCGUCGUUUGCUUCCUUUCCCCUCCCAUCCCGUCGUUCACCUCCUCUCCCCUCCCAUCCCGUCGUUCGCCUCCUCUCCCCUCCCAUCCCGUCGUUCGCUUCCUUCCCCUCCCAUCCCGUCGUUCGCUUCCUUUCCCCUCCCAUCCCGUCGUUUGCUUCCUUUCCCCUCCCAUCCCGUCGUUCGCCUCCUCUCCCCUCCCAUCCCGUCGUUCGCCUCCUCUCUCCCUCCCUUCCGUAGUUCUUCACGGUCUCCCCUCCCAUCCCGUUGUUCCCCUCUCUCUCUCUCCCUAUUUUUUUACCUCUCUCAACCUCAAGCCCAAGGAACCCUUUUUCUCGCAGCUCUUCCAUUCGUCGGCCAACAUUCACUCCCAGAUCGUGCAUAUGUGUGUGCGCUGA